GCGAAAUUGACAAUAUUUAGCCUACAAACCCCUUCAUUCCCAAUUGAGGGGGAAGUAUAGGAAGCAUGAGUUGCGCCUGUUUUACUGGUACUGUACGCCCAAUUUGCCAAGUUCUCAUUGGUGUGUGGCAUUUCCUGGUCUUCCGGACAGGACAGGCUCUCGGCCAGCCCAGUCGCUUUCCAGUUCAGCAGAUGCGUGUAGCUCAACAACUUACGUUCGGCGCUUCCGUUGUUUCUGUUCUGCGUCAGCGUACUUCUUACCUUUGCCUGACAAACAGACUUCCGUAUAUGCCGAACCAGCGCCUGUUAAGACUCACUGAGCAUGGUGUCUCUUGUUUUUAAAGAUGCGGACGAAUUCUGCCGGUAUUGGUAUUUUAGGAGCCGCCAUAGAGUACAGCAUUGAGGUUGAGGGGAAGCUUAUGAUGUCCACUAAGCCGUGUAUCACUUUCUAAUGUUGGAAAACACUCGUUGUCAACAGCAUAUUGCGGUGGUGAGAUU